CUCUAUAAACUACCAACCUACUCGCUCUACUUCAAUGCUCCAUAUCCGACCUGCAAAUGCUUGGGAACUGCUUUCGGGGUAAAAAAUGCUCCGGCGACGCCGUCGCCGUCGCAGACCGGGACCCGGUUCUCCUCGUGUCGGGCAUAGCCGGCUCCAUUCUCAACUCCAAGAACAAGAAAACCGGGUUCCAGACCCGGGUUUGGGUCCGGAUUCUCCUCGCCGACCUAGAGUUCAGGAAGAAGCUCUGGUCUGUCUACAAUCCCCAAACCGGGUACACGGAGUCUUUGGAUGAUACCUGCGAAAUUGUGGUUCCUCAAGAUGAUUAUGGCCUAUAUGCAAUUGAUAUUUUGGAUCCUUCAACACUUGUAAAGUGUAUGCAUUUGAGCACUGCAUACCAUUUUCAUGAUAUGAUUGAUAUGCUUGUUGGAUGUGGAUACAAGAAAGGAACUACACUGUUUGGAUUUGGCUAUGACUUUCGACAAAGCAAUAGGAUUGACCAGGCAAUGGAUGCCUUAAAAGAAAAGCUGGAGGCUGUAUAUCAAGCAUCUGGGGGAAGGAAAAUCAACAUAAUUUCACAUUCAAUGGGUGGAUUGCUUGUUACAUCUUUUAUGUCACUUCAUACUGAUGUAUUCUCCAAGUAUGUAAAUAAGUGGAUUGUCAUAGCCUGUCCGUUUCAAGGUGCACCGGGAUGCAUUAAUGAUUCUCUGUUAACUGGGGUGCAAUUUGUUGAAGGCUUUGAAAGCUACUUUUUUGUUUCUCGAUGGACAAUGCAUCAACUGUUAGUAGAAUGUCCAUCAAUCUAUGAGAUGCUGCCAAACCCCGACUUCCAGUGGAGCAAGACACCUGAAAUUCAGGUGUGGCGAAAAAUGUCCGAGGAUGGAGAGACUUCGGUUGAGCUGGAGUCUUAUGGCCCUAAAGAAAGUGUGACCUUAUUUGAAGAAGCAUUAAAGACAAAUGAGAUGGAAUAUAAUGGGAAUACAGUUGCUCUACCUUUCAACUUUUCAAUUCUCAAUUGGGCCAUUGGUACUCGUAAAAUUGUUCAAAGUGCCCAACUACCGAAGGGAAUUGAUUUCUAUAACAUCUAUGGAACAGCUUUUGACACACCUUUUGAUGUUUGUUACGGUUCAGAAAAAGAACCAAUCGAGGAUUUAUCUGAUAUCUGCCAUACACUGCCUGAAUACUCCUAUGUGGAUGGCGAUGGAACUGUUCCGUCUGAAUCAGCAAAUGCUGAUAAUUUUGAGGCAGUGGAAAGGGUGGGAGUGUGUGGUGGUCAUCGGGAACUACUAAGCAAUGAAAAUGUGUUUGAACUGAUUAAAAGGUGGUUGGGAGUGAUGGAGACGGGCAAGGUGAAUCGAAAGAGUUGCAGAGUUAUGGAUGGUAGUUUAAGCGGACAAGUGUAAACUUACAGACAAACUUGUGUGUUGUGUUUCCUUUUCAAUUUGACCAAGUUGGGAUUGAAAUAGAAUAAGUGAUGUUAGGUGAAAUUUGAAGCUGCUAUAGUGCUAAUGAAGGUUAGGUACUAGUUUUAGUAAGGAUAACAAACUUUCAUUGAAAA